AGCCCCACCCCCACUUGUUAUGGACUUAUUAGGUUUGAGUCAUGUUACUGGUGUUGUAUUAUUCUGUUCUGGCUAAAAUUGGUUCUUCCUUAAGUGGGAUUAUUUAUGUAUGUAUUUAUUUAAUUAUCUUUUUUGUGUUUUUGUACUCUGGUCUAUGACCAUAAUAAAAUUGGAUUGGGAGUCGCCCCUUUCUCCGGAGGCCAAGCCCGGAAGGGCUGAGUAGCAGGGGCUGCCAGCUGUGAAGAGAGGGCCGGUGCCCGGCCGGCCUCAACGAGGAUGUUUCCUUUUCCCACCAUGGGGCAGCCCCAGGAGACAGUUCCUCUGAGUCACCUCACCAAUGCCUUCCAUUCGCCCCAAAGUCCAGCUCCAUCUUUCACUGCAGCGUCCAUCCAGUGUGUGCAAAGGGAAGCAGCUCCUGAACAUGAUGUACAGAACACGGAGCCAACGCUUAAUCUACGAGAUCGAGGACGACCUGAUUGGAAAGCUAGCCAGAUUGAUGAACUAGUGGACAGGCUACUUCCUGGCUGUUGUAUAGAAAAGAAAACCCCUUCCCAUGGGCAAACGUCCUAUAUAUCUGCACAGUCCUUCUUGGGAAAUAAGUAUGGUUUUGCAGAUGUAUUUAGUGUUUUGUGCUCAUCUGAUCUGUAUGGACAGCAUCCUAGCCCUCUCCAGAAUGUAUGCAAAAAUCUUCAACGCUGGCCAGUUUUCGUUCAGUCUCGAGGUUUUAAAACCCUGAAAUCAAGAGCAAGACGACUGCAGUCCACAUCAGAACGAUUAACAGAAACAGAAAAUGUAGCACCCUCAUUUGUAAAGGGUCUUCUGAGAGAUCGAGGAACUGAUUUUGAAAGUUUAGAGAAAUGGAUGAAAACAAAAAACAUACCUGAAGUUCAUCAAGAUGCUUUUAAAACUGGGUUUGCAGAGGACUUUUUGAAAUCACAGGCACUCUCACAGCGUACAAAUGAUUCCUCAAGACGAAACCGUUACAUUCUGGUUCUUCUGAUAAUGCUUAGUAUUUAUGCUUUAUUUAAAAACCCAUAUUUAUCUGGUAAAGGCUCCUUUUCUGAUACUGUGCGUUUCCGAGCAACUUCUGGGCUUGAUGCAGCAGUGGACCCUAUUCAGAUGAAAAAUGUCACCUUUGAACAUAUCAAAGGAGUUGAAGAAGCUAAGCAGGAGUUGCAGGAAGUGGUAGAAUUCUUGAGAAAUCCUGAUAAAUUCACCGUACUAGGAGGUAAACUUCCUAAAGGUAUUCCUUUGGUGGGACCACCUGGUACUGGCAAAACCCUUCUUGCCAGAGCUGUGGCUGGAGAAGCUGAUGUUCCAUUCCAUUAUGCCUCUGGGUCUGAGUUUGAUGAGAUGUUUGUUGGUGUGGGAGCCAGUCGUAUCAGAAAUCUGUUUAGGGAGGCCAAAGCAAAUGCACCUUGCGUUAUAUUCAUUGAUGAACUGGAUUCUGUUGGUGGCAAAAGAAUAGAGUCUCCAAUGCAUCCCUCGUCAAGGCAGACUAUAAAUCAGCUCCUUGCUGAAAUGGAUGGCUUUAAACCUAAUGAAGGAGUCAUUAUCAUUGGUGCAACAAACUUCCCCGAAGCGUUAGAUAAUGCUUUAAUACGUCCUGGCCGCUUUGACAUGCAAGUUACAGUGCCCAGACCAGAUGUUAGGGGCCGAACAGAAAUCCUGAAAUGUUAUCUUAAUAAAAUAAAGUAUGAUCAAUCUAUUGAUGCAGAAAUCAUUGCAAGAGGUACAGUAGGAUUUUCUGGAGCUGAGCUGGAAAACCUUGUGAAUCAAGCUGCAUUAAAAGCUGCUGUUGAUGGGAAAGAUAUGGUUACUAUGAAGGAACUAGAAUUCUCAAAGGACAAAAUUCUCAUGGGCCUUGAGCGAAGAAGUGUAGAAAUUGAUGAUAAGAAUAAAACGCCUACUGCCUAUCAUGAGUCUGGGCUUGCCAUCAUUGCAUCUUAUACUAAAGAUGCAAUGCCAAUUAACAAAGCAACAAUUAUGCCAAGAGGACCAACACUUGGACAUGUAUCUUUGCUACCAGAAAAUGAUAGAUGGAGUGAAAUUAGAUCCCAGUUACUUGCGCAGAUGGAUGUUAGUAUGGGAGGAAGAGUAGCAGAAGAGCUCAUAUUUGGAGGUGAUCAUAUCAGCACAGGUGCUUCUAGUGAUUUUGAUAAUGCUUCUAAAAUAGCUACGCUUAUGGUGACUAAGUUUGGAAUGAGUGAGAAGCUUGGUGUCAUGACCUACACAGAUACAGGGAAACUCAGUCCUGAAACCAAGUCUGCAACUGAACAGGAAAUAAGAACACUGUUAAAGGAUUCGUACGAGCGGGCAAAGAAUAUCCUGAAGACCCAUGCAAAAGAACACAAGAAUUUAGCAGAAGCGUUACUGACCUAUGAGACUUUGUAUGCCAAAGAGAUUCAGAUUGUUCUAGAGGGGGGAAAACUGGACGUGAGAUGAUCGCUUCCUUGACAAGAAAGGUUCCAACUGAUUACUCUGAAGAAUGCAGCAGUCUCCUUAUGCAGUGUAGCUUUCUUUUCCUCCUGAUGUGUGUGUGGUAAUAAUCACAUUUCUGAAUAAAAUUGGAUUGGAUUGGA